AUGAUAUCUUUGAAUGGAUUUUCGAAAAAGUUAUCUUUUUCUGAGGACUCCAAUUUUUCAGAAGAUAUGAUUCAUAAAUAUAUUAUUAAUGCAUUGGAAACAUGUGAUAAAGGGGAUAAAGAAGCAUACGAGGAUCUUCGGAAGAAACUUUCUAUGGAUUUUCAGUCAUCGGAAGCAUUAUCUUCACUGCAAUUGAAACAAUUAUUGUUUUCUUUGAUUCAAGUUGCAUCUAGAUUGAAUUCAAAUUACCAAUCUCUUAUUAAUGAUAUAUUAAAAAUUCAUUGGGUUGAAAGGGAUGAUGAAUUUGUUUCUGUCUAUAUUCGGUUUUUAGGGACGAUUGCAAGUGCUCAUUCAGGUUAUAUUCCAUUAAUAAUUAAAAUGUUGGUUCAAACCAUGGCUUUAGAUACAUGCUCAAUAACAUCAUUACCUGGCGAAACGUCUAUUUCCUAUGAUCUUAUUUAUGACCGUGUGCAUUUUUCUUUAAAAUAUAUUUUGGAUUUAGUUCCAAUAUCAUAUACAUUUCUUUUUUCUAUACUGGCAAUGGAAUUUCCAUAUAAAAGUCAUAAAACAUUACUCCAGGUUGCCUAUCUUAAAAAUCUAUUAAGAGUUCUCGAAUAUGCACCUGUUAUAUCUUCUCAGGUUUUUGGGCUUAUUAUAGAUAAAAUUAUACAAAUAGAUGUUGAAAUACAGAUAGAACUCGAGGAUCUAGAUGAGGAAGUUGAUGAAUUAACAGGUAUUGUGAUGAAUGAAAUGCAUGAUAAUGCAGAUAAAUCAUUGUCUUAUAAUGAUUACAAUAAUAUUGAAGAAAACGAUCAAAAUGAAGAAUCUCUGGAUAUAUCCGAAAACCAUGUAUAUUUUCAAGCGAUCACAUGCAUUAGAGAAAUGGUUGAUAAACUGGAUUGCAUGUUAGUUGUCUUAUUUAAUUAUUUGGACGCCAUAUUUUCAUCGUCUAAAGAAGUAAAUCAUAAAUCAGAGUCCUUAGCGGAUAUUAUCUUUGGAGAUCUUCUUCGAGCAUUUGAUUCAAUAAUUCUUCAUACAUUUCGAUCGCGUUAUACACAAUUUAUAUUAUUUUGGGCAUCUCAAAUUAAUGAAAAAUAUACUAAUAUGUUUUUGGGGUUAAUUUUAGAAAGGGCAUUAGAUGAUUCUCGUUCUCAUGUUUCCAGAUCAAUAUCAUGUGUAUAUGUAGCCAGUUUUGUCGCUCGAGCAGCAAGUCUUAAUAAAGAUAUGGUAAGAAAUGCAAUAAAUAUGCUUUGUGGAUGGAUAAACGUAUUUUUGGAUGGCUGGGAAAAUGAAACUGGGUCUUCCGGUGACUUUGUUAAAAAAUUUAGCAUUUUUUAUUUUAUUGUACAAUCCGUUCUUUAUAUUUUUUGCUUUCGAUGGCGUGAUUUGACUGACGAUGAUGCUCAAGAACAUGGCACUGGUUGGUUUAAAAGCCUAUUCAUACUACAAAGGGCAAUUGCUUCAGAAUUAAAUCCAUUAAAGUAUUGUUCUUCAAAUAUUGUAUCUCAAUUUUCCGAAAUUGCACAUAAACUUAAUUUUUUAUAUUGUCACCCUAUUAUUCAACAAAACAAACAAUCAACUGAUAUUUCUUCCGUUUUUUAUUUACAAUCACCCGAUCAAUCUAAAUCUACAAUACAUAUCGAUAUUCAUUCAUAUUUUCCUUUUGAUCCAUAUCAUUUAAAAUUAAGUCGACGCUUUAUCGAUCAUAUUUAUAUAGAAUGGAAAUCUAUUACUGAACUCGACCAUUAUCAAAUAACUAUCGACUCUGAAGAUUCAUGAUUUUAAAAAAUAUUUUCUAUUUUUUUUUUCAUAAAAAGCU